UAAAAUGAAAACUAACUAUACAAUGAAAAACUAACUAUCCAAACCGACUUUCUAAAAUAAAAACUGACUUUAUCAUAUAAUUUCAGGUGCACAAUAAGUUACUAUAAACCCGAUUCAUGCAAAUUUUUUCCAAUGUUAAAUCUUCAAAAAAAAAAAAAAUGUAAAAAACUUUUUGGAGUUAUACAACAGUGGAUCCACAUUCCAACGUCAUAAUUUCACCUUUUACUGUCUCCCCCACAUUAUAAUAAUCCUUCUCACAUGCAAGUUGCAACACACAAAACGACACUUCCACUUUCACUUUAAUCACUCCCUUAAUUACUCACUAUAAUCAUAAUCAUACCACAAAAAAUAAAAACAUUCAAAAAAUGACAACAACAUCACUCAAACUAAACUUUCUCCCUUCCAUUUCCUCUCACCUUUCUCUCCCCUCCAACAACACUCAACCACCUUCCAACCUCCCCAUCUCCACCCCUCGCAAACUCCGCGCCGCCGUAAUCGGUGGCGGCCCAGCCGGUUCCUCCGCCGCCGAAGCUCUUUCCUCCGUCGGCAUAGAAACGUUUCUUUUUGAACGAAACGUCUCAGGUUCGAAACCUUGUGGUGGUGCUAUACCACUUUGUAUGCUUCAUGAGUUUAACAUCCCACGUGACCUCGUUGACCGUGAAGUCAAACGCAUGCGUAUUUUUUCACCUUCGAAUCUUUCUAUUGACUUCGGUAAAACUCUUUUACCGUCUGAGUUUAUUGCUAUGACUCGUCGUGAAGUGCUUGACUCGUUUUUAAGGGAUCGGGCCCAGUCCAGUGGGGCCCAGUUGAUUUGUGGGCUUGUGAAUAAAGUUGAACUUCCGGCCCAUGUUGAUAGUGGUGGGCCUUAUGUGGUGCAUUAUAGUCUUAAUGGGUCUAAGAAGUUGGUUAAAGUUGAUGUUGUUAUUGGUGCUGAUGGGGUCCACAGUAGGGUGGCGAAGUCUAUUAACGCGGGAAAUUACCAAUGUGCCCUUGCUUUUCAGGAGAGGAUUAGGUUACCUGAGGAGGAAAUGGAAUAUUAUAAAGAUCUUGCUGAGAUGUACGUGGGGGAUGACGUGUCGCCCGAUUUUUACGGGUGGGUGUUUCCUAAGUGUGACCACGUGGCGGUGGGGACCGGGACGGUUAAGUCCAAGUUGGAUAUUAAAAGGUUUCAAUAUGGGAUUCGGGCUCGGGCCGGGCCUAAGAUUAGUGGUGGGCGGGUAUUUAAGGUGGAGGCUCACCCGAUACCGGAGCACCCGAGGCCCGUUAGGGUACGGGGUCGGGUGGCUCUAGUUGGGGAUGCGGCGGGUUAUGUGACCAAGUGCUCGGGGGAAGGGAUAUACUUUGCGGCUAAAUCGGGCCGGGUUUGCGGAGAGGCGGUGGUAGCUGCGUCGGAGGGUGGGACUAAGAUGAUUAAGGAGGAGGAUUUGAAGAGGGAAUAUUUGAAGAAAUGGGAUGGAGAUUAUAAGAAUAUGUUUAGGUUUUUGGAUUUGUUGCAAAAUGUGUUUUAUGGAAGCAAUGCAAAUAGGGAAGCUUUGGUAGAGUUAUGUGGGGAUGAAUAUGUGCAAAGGAUGACAUUUGAUAGUUAUUUGUAUAAGAAGUUGGCUAAGGGUAAUCCUUGGGAGGAUACUAAAAUGGUAAUGAAUACUAUUGGGAGUUUAGCUAGGUGUAAUCUUGUAGGACAAAGAAUGGAACUUUUAUCCAAUGUUUGAUCCUCUCAAUAUUGUUGCAAUGGAAGUCAAUGUUUUCAUCCUUAAUAUUGUUGCAAUAGAAAUCCUUUUAUAUUUGCAGAACA